AGUGCCGGAGCGGCGGGAGGGGGGGUAACGCCAUGAUGGCGGCGGCUGCGGAGCGGUGCAGCCGGGAUCCGUGCGGCGCGCUCUGCCCGCUGCUCGCCUACCUCAGCGUGGGCUACGCCGACUACGCCGUGCUCGCCCACGUCCUGCCGCAGCCCGCGCUGCGAGCCAGCCCAUGGUGCCCCAUCCACGCAGUGACGUUCAACCUUCUGGUGCUUCUGCUUCUGGCCUCCCACACCCGCGCCGCCUUUGCCGACCCCGGUGUGGUUCCCCUUCCCGGCACCGCCAUCGACUUCUCAGACCUGCACCCAACGGAGCGGGUGAGCCCCUGGGGGCUGCUGCUAUGGGGUGGUGGGGGGCUGCUGCUACGGG